AUGGCCACCCCAUAUAUCCCCGGCCGCCUAGAGGGCAAGGUCGCCUUGGUGACAGGUUCCGGUCGCGGAAUCGGUGCUGCGAUUGCAAUUCAUCUGGCCAAGCUGGGCGCAAAAGUCGUCGUCAACUACGCAAACUCGUCCGAGUCGGCCGAGAAGGUCGUGCGCGAGAUCAAGGACCUCGGCACCGACGCCGUCGCCAUCAAAGCCGAUGUGCGUCAGGUGCCUCAGACUGUCAAGCUCUUUGACGAGGCCGUCGGCAUCUUCGGCCCGCUCGAUAUCGUCGUCAGCAACUCGGGCGUCGUCAGCUUCGGGCACCUCAAGGAGGUGACCGAGGAGGAGUUCGACCGCGUCUUCAGCCUCAACACACGUGGGCAGUUUUUCGUCGCGCGCGAGGCGUACCGCUGCCUGCGCGAGGGAGGUCGGAUCAUCCUCACCUCGUCCAACACCUCCAAGGACUUCAGUGUGCCCCGCCACUCUCUCUACUCCGGGUCCAAGGGCGCCAUUGACUCCUUCGUUCGCAUUCUGUCCAAGGAUUGCGGCGACAAGAAGAUCACUGUCAAUGCCGUGGCUCCUGGCGGAACGGUGACGGACAUGUUUCACGCCGUGUCGCAGCAUUACAUCCCCGACGGCGAGAAGUAUACGCCCGAGGAGCGGCAGCAGAUGGCUGCUUUCGCGUCUCCUCUCCACCGAAAUGGAUUCCCCGAGGAUGUGGCCCGUGUCGUGGGCUUUCUGGCCAGCAGGGAGGCCGAGUGGGUUAACGGCAAAGUCAUCACACUGGAUGGAGGAGCAGCUUGA